AUCCCAUACAAUAGACCAAUUACUUCGCAUCCUUUAAAAGAAAACUAGUUUGAGGAACAGCUAAACGACAAACUAUAUAUUUUUAAUUUAUUGCUCGCUAUGCCGAUCUACUCAGACUCCGAUGAUCAAGCUCAAGGCCCAUCGCAUUCGUCGAGAAUGUUCGGCCAUAGGAGGCCGUUGCAUUCCAUGUUAGGUGGCCGUAGAGUUGCUGACAUUUUGCUGUGGAGGAAUAAGACCUAUUCAGCAUCAAUCUUAGCUGCGUUUUCGAUCAUAUGGUUUCUAUUUGAGGUGGUUGAGCUUCAUUUUAUCACUGUUGCAUGUUACCUUCUGAUGACCUUCAUGCUGAGUCUUUGCAUAUGGAUUCAAGCAGCAAGUUUUUUUAAAUGGAGACCUCCUACAAUGUACGACAUUCAAAUAUCAGAAUCAACCGGUAGACACAUAAUAUCAAGGAUAAAUAAGUCAUUGACAAAGUUCUACAGAAUUUCAUGUGGAGAAAACUUCGCACGCUUCUUUGUGGUUCUAGUGUCUCUUUGGCUAUUAUCCAUAUUUGGUAGCUACUCUAGCGCUCUCAAUGUAUUAUAUGUUGUAUUUCUCGGCCUGAUCACCAUUCCAAUUCUGUAUGAACGGUAUGAGAGAGAGGUGGGAUACAUUGCCACACAAGGGAAAGGAGAUAUGAAGAGAUUGUACAAGAAGUUGGACACAAAAUUUCUCAGUAAAAUCCCAAGAGGUCCAAUCAAGGAGAAGAAAUAUAUGUAAUCAUUUACAUCAUGCAUGUUGUAAAAUGCAGAAUACACUGGGCUUAGUGCUCUUAUAUUUGAAAAUAAUGUUAAAUAAAUAAGAUCUUACUCCCUAUAUUUCAUCAUAUAAGCCCUUAUAUAUGCCUUUUCAGACGGAA